AUGGGUAUUCUUAGAAGCUCCCUAGUCGGGCUCCCAGUUCACCGCAACCACCUCCGCCCCGUGGCCUCCCGCAGCUUUCUCGCUGGAGUCCUCGAACUCUUGCUCUCUUUUCAGUCCGCUGCAACGGAUCACCAGCGUGCCCCAGCCAAGGACACCAGCUCCGAGAUCACCACCAAGGACUUCAAGGAAAAGAAGGCAGUUGCGGAGGAGGCAGAGAAUGGAAGAGACACACCUGCUAAUGGGAAUGCUAAUGAGGAAAAUGGGGAACAGGAGGCUGACAAUGAGGUAGAUGAAGAGGAGGAAGGAGGGGAGGAAGAGGAGGAGGAAGGUGAUGGAGAGGAAGAAGAUGGAGAUGAAGAUGAGGAGGCCGAGGCAGCUACGGGCAAAUGGUCCACUGAAGAUGAUGAGGAUGACAAUGUCAACACCAAGAAGCAGAAGACUGAUGAGGAUGACUAGACAGCAAAAAAAGAAAAGUUAAACGUAACAACAAAAAAGAGACCACCGUGACCUAUUCACCCUCCA